AAUCCGUCAGUCACCAUUCCUUUGCAAUUUUCAUUUUCUCUCUCUAGAAUUCUACAUUUUCUCUCUCUAAAACCAGAGAAAUGGCAAGGACAAAGCAGACGGCUAGGAAGUCGACGGGAGGGAAGGCACCACGGAAGCAGCUAGCGACGAAGGCGGCACGGAAGUCAGCGCCGGCGACCGGAGGAGUGAAGAAGCCGCACAGAUUCAGGCCAGGGACGGUGGCGCUGAGGGAGAUCAGGAAGUACCAGAAGAGCACGGAGCUUUUGAUAAGGAAGCUUCCGUUCCAGAGAUUGGUGAGAGAGAUCGCUCAGGACUUCAAGACCGAUCUCCGAUUCCAGAGCUCCGCCGUCGCCGCCCUCCAGGAGGCAGCCGAGGCCUAUCUAGUAGGGCUCUUUGAGGAUACUAACCUCUGUGCUAUUCACGCUAAGCGUGUCACUAUUAUGCCCAAGGAUAUCCAGCUCGCUCGCAGAAUUCGUGGCGAGAGGGCUUAGAAUUUUGAAAUCCUAUAUAUCUAUAUUCUAUAGUCUCUCUGUUUCUGCAGUUGCAGAUGAUGUUUCUCUCUUUCUAGCUUCUCUAUGUAUGACCUGAUUUUCAAUUUAUGUUUUCUGACUUGUGAUUAAUGGAGAUUUUAGAAUUUUAAUGAUGAUUUUGACAUUUUGAUUGGUGGUU